CUGACAUUAGAGAUAUAUCCCUAUUUCUCAUUUCGCCGCGUGUGCUGCUGGUACCGUCGUACCAUCGAGAACGACGAGAACCCUCCCUUUCAAACAAAUCAAGAUGUCGAAGAGAGGACGUGGUGGAUCGGCUGGAGCCAAGUUCAGGAUAUCUCUGGGUUUACCAGUAGGUGCAGUCAUCAAUUGCGCCGAUAAUACUGGUGCCAAGAACCUGUAUGUCAUCGCAGUGCAGGGAAUCAAGGGUCGGUUGAACCGUCUGCCAGCGGCGGGUUCCGGCGACAUGAUUGUUGCCACCGUGAAAAAGGGAAAGCCUGAACUUAGGAAAAAGGUGAUGCCUGCGGUGGUGAUACGGCAACGGAAACCAUUUCGCAGGAAGGACGGGACGUUUAUAUAUUUUGAGGACAACGCCGGCGUGAUCGUCAAUAAUAAGGGUGAAAUGAAGGGAUCGGCUAUCACGGGACCUGUUGCGAAAGAGUGCGCAGAUUUAUGGCCAAGGAUCGCAUCCAACGCCAGCAGCAUCGCGUAAUUCACAUCCUGUAUAAAUAUAUUGCCCUUUACAAAAUAAAUUCAAAAAUAAAUACAUGUUUGCGCGUUUGAUGUCCAUUUUAAAUAAAUACGCGUCACGUACACGUGCGCGCACGCAUA